UUGCCUAGGUCAUGGCAAAACAGUCCCGAGGGUGUCUUGAGGUGUCCUCAGGGUUUCUUCCUAUCUGCCUGAAACAGGUUCACACUCUGCUCUCUCUGUUCCACUGCUCGGGAAAGUCUGCAGUGCCGACAGAGCACAGGCUCUCCUUAGUUUUCACUGAAAAAUAUACAUGAGGUGUCCAGCAUAAGACUGAGGAAGAGGCAGAUACCCCAUUGCUGUCGGUAAAGAAAUAUGAAGGAGGCGACACAGUUUCCCGAACAACUCCCCUUUUCCUUCCCUAUCCCAUUAGCCCACAUUCUGUUCCUGCCCAGCCCACCAGUGAUGCCUAAUCUCAUUUACACGGGCUGCUGCCAGAUCUGCUGGCAGCUGCAGUUUCUUGGCCGCGGUUUUCGGUGAGGGAGCCUAGAGCACCAAGGAAGAGGAGGAGAAGGAAGGAGGAGGAGGAGGAGGAAGGCUGCUGCUGUGUGGCGGAGCGGCGGCAGCGGCAGCACCUUUGACGUGCCCGUCCCCCACGUGACGGCCGCUCCAUUGCGGGGAGGGAGCUGAGCUGCCGCCGCUCCGGCAGAGCACGAGAGAGCCGCAGCCUCGGCGGCGGCAGCGGCGGCAGCGCCUCCGCCCGCAGUGCGUGUGUGUGCGUGUGUGUGAUGAGCGAUCGCCGCGUCCCUCCGCCCGCUGCCGGCUGACACCCACCGCGCGGGGCGCGCCAGGAGCAGCAGGAGCAGGCGAGGAGCCGCGGCCGGCGCGCAGUGACCUUGGCCCAGGAGUGCAGCAUCCAAAAGCGGAUCAAAUUUGUGGGACAUGGCACAAGGAAAUAAUUAUGGGCAAAGCAGCAAUGGGGUGGCUGAUGAAUCCCCAAACAUGCUGGUGUACAGAAAGAUGGAAGAUGUCAUAGCUCGCAUGCAAGAUGAGAAAAAUGGGAUUCCUAUUCGGACAGUGAAAAGUUUUCUUUCCAAGAUUCCCAGUGUCUUUUCUGGUUCAGAUAUUGUUCAAUGGUUAACGAAGAACUUAUCGAUAGAAGACCCAGUUGAAGCUCUGCAUUUGGGAACUCUGAUGGCAGCACAUGGCUAUUUUUUUCCAAUCUCAGACCAUGUUCUAACACUGAAGGAUGAUGGCACCUUUUAUCGAUUCCAGACGCCCUAUUUUUGGCCAUCAAAUUGUUGGGAGCCGGAAAACACAGACUAUGCUGUUUACCUCUGCAAGCGGACAAUGCAAAACAAAGCAAGGCUAGAACUAGCAGACUAUGAAGCUGAGAGUUUGGCCAGGCUACAGCGAGCUUUUGCUCGGAAAUGGGAGUUUAUUUUUAUGCAAGCUGAAGCACAAGCAAAGGUUGACAAGAAGAGAGACAAGAUAGAGAGGAAGAUUCUUGACAGUCAGGAGCGAGCAUUCUGGGAUGUGCACCGGCCGGUGCCUGGCUGUGUAAACACUACUGAAGUGGAUAUAAAAAAAUCUUCAAGAAUGAGAAAUCCACAUAAAACAAGAAAGUCUGUCUAUGGCUUACAAAAUGACAUUCGAAGUCACAGCCCUACGCACACGCCAGUGCCAGAGACUAAGCCACCCACAGAAGAUGAACUACACCAAGAGAUUAAGCACUGGCAGAUGCAAUUAGACAGACAUAGAUUAAAAAUGUCAAAAGUUGCAGAGAGUCUAUUAGCUUAUACAGAGCAGUAUUUGGAAUAUGAUCCUUUUCUUGUGCCCCCUGAUCCCUCAAACCCUUGGAUAUCAGAUGACACCACUUUCUGGGAACUGGAGGCAAGCAAAGAGCCAGGACAGCAGAGGGUGAAACGAUGGGGAUUUGGCAUGGAUGAAGCCUUGAAAGACCCUGUGGGAAGAGAGCAGUUUCUGAAAUUCUUGGAGUCAGAAUUCAGUUCAGAAAAUUUAAGGUUCUGGUUAGCAGUAGAAGACCUGAAGAAGAGGCCAAUCCGUGAAGUUCCUGCUCGUGUCCAAGAAAUCUGGCAAGAAUUUCUUGCUCCAGGUGCACCCAGCGCCAUCAACCUAGAUUCAAAAAGUUAUGACAAAACCACUCAGAAUGUGAAGGAACCUGGAAGAUACACAUUUGAAGAUGCUCAGGAGCACAUUUACAAACUGAUGAAAAGUGAUUCUUAUCCUCGUUUUAUACGAUCCAGUGCCUACCAGGAGCUGCUACAGGCCAAGAAAAAGUUGGAAAACACUCUGGAUCGUCGAACAUCUUUUGAGAAAUUCACACGCAAUGUGGGCAGAAACAUCCCUAUUUUUCCAUGCCAUAAAAACUGUACACCAACACUGAGGGCGAGCACUAACCUGUUAUGAAAAGAGGUAGAAAGAUCUUGGAUUAUACUCGAGUUUGUCUGCAUUGUCUGUUGAAUUGUGCAGGUGAUGCUGCUCUGUGUGUGUGUGUGUGUGUGUGUCAGUGGCUUUUUCUGUGACCUGGUUAGUGGAGCUGUGUGUGUUGAAAUGAACAAUAUGAGAGCUUUCAGCAAAGAUCAUGGUUUUUGUUUUUUUGGUUUCUAGGGAAGGAGAAGCAGUUGUCAGAAACUGUCUCUCCUGUAAUGAGGCUCAAGAGUGUUGCCUCAAGUAUUUAAAAAAUACAUAUAUACUUUCCAGUAAUCAAAAAAAAAAAAAAAAACAAACAAAAAACACAUUGAAAGUUUUGUGAGGCUGUGGGAAUAUCUCACUUUUAAAAACAAAACAGUAAUUCUUUAACUACUUUCUUAUAGGUAAAGGCUUCCUGUAAUAUGCUUUGAAUCCACUGUAAUCAGGAAGAAAUUUGGAUUCAAUGGGACAAAGUCAGUAAAGGACACUAAAAGUAAAUAAACAGCUACAAAGGAAACUAUCCCAAUGUUUGAAACAAAAACCCCUAUGUUUUGCAUGGUGGUGUUGCCAUAGCAUGUUGCAGUGUGAUUUGUGUGUUGUCUAAAUAGGUUGGAUCUAUAAAACGACAUUGUACAUGAUAGCACUAUACAUGAUAAUUCCAUUAUAAUUCAGUAGGAAGUUCCAUAAUAAUAAAAAGUCUGUAAAAGAGAGUGCCUAGAGUGGGUAACACAUACGGACCUCGGUGAGCCAGACUUUUUCCCAGUCUCAGUGCCUGGAAAGCUGCAAUGCUGCAUUUGUUCAUGGCAUUUUGAGCAGCCCAGGGGGCAGGAAUUGGCCAUGGUAAACAUUGUGCAAAUAGGUGGCCAUGAUGGGGGAAAUAGCAAGCUGCAGGUAGAGGGGUCAGAGAGAGCCUUACAGAUAAACCAGCAGUUCUGGGCACAAACAUGGGAGCAUUGUGCCCUGCAUCCAAGCCCGAUUUUCAUCCUGCUAAUCUCAGGACAGAAGUACCAGAAUAGCAGCAUGAGAUGCAAGACAGGCCCGAUAAACCAGCUGUGAACUAGAAAUGGAAAAGAGGAUUUCUGGACAUUGGUAGUUUGGUAGAAGAGGGGGAUUUUUUUUUUCUUCUUUUUCAAAGAGCAAACUCAGAAAUAAAAUCUGUGGUUUUGCUUUUUUCCCAACUACUACCUGUUAACCUGGGUGGAGACUGUCAAGUCGGGUGAGGUAUGAAAGAAAAAUAUGUCACUGCUAGAUUUAUAAUCUCUAUGAGACUGACAGCUCUCAGGCUUGCAAAUUAAUCCAGAAUAUUAGGAUGCUCAAAUGCAAACCUUUUUUCCUAGAUGACUGAAUUCAUGUCAACCACUUCCUCAGGACCUCUUUCCACCAGGCAUCCUUGUUCUUCCACUCUUGUCCUUGGUUGUGAUGAGUUUAUAAUAUGUAAUUAUCUAUCUUGGUACAGUGGUUCCAAACAGCAGGGAUGGGGGAAACAUUUCUCAGCAUAUUCUACAGUGUACUGAUUAACUUGAUCAACUGUGAAGUGAGGGGCUGUGGAAUAGAUCUGUUCUGCUGAUUAAUUCAGAAGAUAGGUGUGAAAAGGGUCUUCUGCAAGCUGGAUAAAUGCUAUCAUCUCUGAUUUAUUGAGAUGAAAAUUACAGUUUCUCUUCUCUGAUGGUUUGCAAUAUUUAGACUAAUUUUCACUGGAUUUUUUUCCUCAGUUAUAUCAAAUAUAUUUAUAUUAUAUCAAUGUAUUUCGAUUAAACUAAAUUAGACCUCAGUUUCUUCCAUUUGAAGUGUUUAAUAAAAACACAGUAACCUUGGCUGUGUUCAGAGACUCAGUCUGAACAGAUGGACUUUUGUAAUUCCCUAUCUGAUUUGUUGACUCUAGGAGGCUCCUGAUCAAUGUUAAGUAAAAUUGGGUUAUACUUCCUAUUUGUUAAACUAGAAACUUUGGUAACUUUGUAGAGGGCAAUUACUCUGUACUAUUUCAUGAAUUGCAUAGAAAUAACCUAUUAUAAUGAGUCAUUAUUUUAGUCUGAUGGAGAAAAAAUAGAAUUGGAGCUAUACACUAGGCUCAUUUUUUUUGCAUUUCUUUGACAUUGAAGGGUUUUCUUUCCGGAAAAUUUUCAGUAAGCUGGUGCAGUUCAUGAAAGGUCUAAAUGCUCAGUUUAAAAACUGACUAAUUAGCUACUCUGUAGAUUUUAUAGUGCAAAAUUGCUAAUGCCUUCAGCAGUCUGCAGCAGAAAAUAUGGUGAGCCUUAGAAACAGGUCUGCAUUCACAUAAAAUAUACAGAAGUAAUAGCAGGCUAGCAUUUGCUAUAUGUAGUAUUUAUUACUGAACACUUUAUAGUUUGUAUCUGAGGAUUAAGUCCAGCUAUCCUUGGUGUGCCUCACUUACACUCCCAGGUGUAAAAAUACAGAGCACAGCCACUGCAGCACUACUGGGAUGAAGCCAUCAGAUAAGUGGAGUAACACAGGCAACCAUGUGUGUCACAGCCUUGAGUCAGAGGCACACAGAGCAGGGACACUGCUCUGGGCUCCCCCCUGCCUGGAUCAGCCCGUCAGCUUUCUCUUUGAGACUAAUGAAAGUCCAGUCACCUGCAGCUCCCCAAGGGACUAGGGAAGUUCAAGAUCUAAGUGAUGGAGCAGGAGGGUUUCAUUGCAUGCUAAAGCAGCAGAGAGACUGAAAUCAGCAGUUUCUGUGACAUUUAAAAACUCCAAUUCUUUUGAAGGAUUCACAUGGGGGAAAAACUAUUAAAAAAAUAAAACAUUAAAAAUUAGAAAGCUCAGCAAAUUUACUUCAAGUGCUAAUAUCUAAAUUACAGGGGGAAAAGUAGGUGAAUAUACACUGGUAAUGUUGAUGGGGGCAAAGAGGUUCUUUAAGGAACAAUUUUGUCUGUAAUUUCUCAUGUGUGUGCAGGACUUGUGACAGAGGCAGACUGAGCAGGACUAGAGCCCCAGCCUGGUGCUUAGCUGUGAUUACUGGUCUGGAACCCUUGAGACAAAGGAACCUGCUUUACAGGGGGAAUGAGUUAAUUUAAUUUCCACCCCAUGCAAAUUUUAUUGUCUCACCAGGAACUAAGUUAGAGAGUCAAGAAGGGGUAGCCUCCCUCCUUAGAGCUCUGGGGGGAGCCACUCCCUCCUCAUGCCUUGGUGCCAUGACUCCAGACACCACCAUCAGAGUUUGCAUUUCAUCUGUCACUGCACAGUUAUACAGAACACAAAAGAAAGAGGUGCUUGUACGUUUGUGAGGUCUAAGGGAAAUACAGCCAGUACAAAACGGACCAAGUUCAGUUCAUAUAUUAAAUUAGAAAGCUAUCAAAGUAUAAUUAUCUCCACUCAUAAUCUCAAAAACAAGACCUCAUUUAAUAAUUCUGAGUUUGAAACCAUUAUAUAUCACCUGUAUCCUUUCCAGCUGUCUUCUCCCACUCACCUGAAGAACUUGCUGACCAGAGUCCUUUGAUUUUUUUCCUCCUCCAAGCCAGUAACAAUAGACCAUUUCAUGCAUGAGAUUUGAAAUGCAAAGGCCAUUGAACAGAGUACAUUUUCACCAAGUUUCAAUCCAAUGUCACUUAACGUGACACUGUGAAUUACUGCCUCGAGAUGGAAAUUAAAACUCAUAAAAGUAGCUUCCUCAGUUCUUAUCAGUGGUUCAUAGACUUUCCAGAUGUUUAAACAAGUGCAAUCUCUUUUCAGGUUAAAAUCUAUCUCUUUUAUAGAGGAACAAAGCACAUAAAUAAUCAAUUUCAUCUGUUAAUCAAGAAAUUUUACUAUAUGAAUAGGUAAAACUUGUGUACCCUGCUGUGCCAGACCAAAAGUCCAUCUAGUCCUGAAACCCUGCCAAGGGCUAGAUUUUUCUCAGGUAUAUCAUUACCCAAGAUAUUCAAUGCAGUUUCAGCUCUGGAAUCUCAUUUUGAAUUUACUUACAAAAAUUCCCAAAAUUUAAACAAAAAACCAGUUAGUCAGAAGAAAUAUAAAUCACACAACUACUUAUUUGACAAAUACAAAACAAGAAUGAAAAUAAUAAUUAAUUGUAGAAAUGAAGGCCUUCUCCACUUCAGGAAGAGAUGUCUUAUUCAUGUUUGAAUAAAAAAGAAAAAAAAUUGAAAUUUUUAUUUUGGCUUACUAAUUUGUAAAAAACCCCUAGUUUAAGGAGUUUUUUUAAGAACUGUGCCCACAGAGGAAAAUUAUAAAGGGCAUGCCAAUGAGGAAUGGCCUCCUUGUGCUGUUCUGCAGUGACUGGAGCUAAGCUGCUGUGCUCUGUGCUGGAAGAGAGGAGCUCAGGAGUAACACACAACCAGGUUCAUCCAAGUGAGGAGCCAGCACAACUAGGCAGGUACCGGGCCAGUGUCUGCCAUUUUCCAGCUGACAAAAAUUUACCUGAUUCUUAGGCUAUUUUCAGCAAUGAGAACUGCAGAGAGCUAUUGAAACUUGAGGAGUCAGGCCCAGGACAAACAUACUAAAAGAUUAUAUUUCUUGUGCAUCAGUUCCUUGGGAACCUACAUUUCAGAUGGUUAUUCAAAUUCAAACUACCCCAUCUGGCAAGAGGUUUUAGGUUAAUCACAAAUGAGAGCAGCUCAUCAGUAAAUACCAAGUGCAAAAGGAGAAAGAAAUGGAUGUCACUGGAUUUGGAGUGAGCAAAACAGGAAAGCAGUUGUUCAGCCACUGCCUCCUGCUUCAGAUCAUUGCAGGAAACAGUUUGGCCCUAAUGAGAAAGGAACAAAAGGCUGAAAAUCUCAGCCAGAGGCAGAAGGAUUUCCCUGCACAUGUAACCACUUAGCACUGCAGCUGUGCUGACAACUUGUUCCCCAAGUUCAGUAAAUACUAGCCUUGUCCCCUUCCUCACAUCUGAAAGAGAAAUACACCUGCACAGAUGGCUGACAGCAGCAUGCUGUGCUGCUGUGGGAGCUGAAGCAGAAUUCUGAACCCCAGAGCAGUGCUGAAGCAAUUCCCUUGUGCUGGUAGAGCAAGGGCUGCCUCACCAUGGAAAGGUAUUUACUGCUUCUUCUCCCAUGUCUCUGCAGAUGUGCUUCUGUCAGGGGCUGUUUACCCCCCAGCUCUGUGUGUAGUGCACUGCAAUGUCACUUGGAAGCUUUCCCUGCUGCUCUGGCUGAGCUGACAGUGUGCUGCAGGUGUUUCACACGUGAGCAGAUGGGGAACACUGAGACCAAGGAGGGCUGCUUCUCGCUCCACAUCUCAUUUUGCUCACAGUGGGACUCUACCUCUCCUUCCCCAUCAGAUGCAUGGAGUUCUCUUUUCUAGUGCUACCAGUAUAGGUCCUGGGGAGUAACACCUGCACAGGCAAUAAAGAAACAUGAAAAAGGAACAGUUGAGGUUGCAUAGCAGAAAGGAAGAUAAUUAAUCUUCUAAAAGGAAAAUACGUGAUCUUUCUCUACCAUACAUCUCAACUCCAAUGCCUGUAGACAUUUCAUAUUGAUUUCUUUUAAGCCACAUAUGUAAGGAGGUUCUUGCUGACUUUUUUUCCUGGAUCAUUUGAGGUGUUAGUGUCAUGCUGCAUAAAUGGGUCAGUCAGCACAACUGUAUUUAGCGACAUCUGUACUUAGCUUUACAAUUUUGCCCCUUAAAUUCGCUAGAAGUAAAGCUGAAAACUCCAUGUCAAGCAGUUAGUAUGUUCAAAUAGGGACUGAAUGCUGAGGCACAUUGAUUUUGUACUUUUAGAUGUACUUGAUCACUUGCUCACUCCAGCUGCUGUGCUGCCUUCUCGUACUCUGGUUCCCUUGUCAGGGUAUGUGGGCAGGGCUCCAAUUUGGCAUCUGCAUUAUUAGUAAAAUUCUUAAAUAAUUGUCCAAAGUGCACUAAUACAGCCAAAAAAUCCUAAUCAUCUUUAGAAUUUAGCCAUAUGCUUCUAAAUAUUGAUGGCAAGAAUAUAUUGAAAAUAUUAAGGGUCUCCUUUUCAUUAUUCAGAUAAACAUUUACUACUUCUGAUUCACCCCUCCCCCAAUUUUCUUUCAUCUCAUUAGCACAGGAAACAUCUUCAUAUGCUACAACUCUGAAAACUGCCAUGUUAGAUGCAGGUUCCCAAAUCAAAAUCUGGCUUAUGGAAAUGCUGUUAACAUUGUAUCUGAAAGAAAUAGUUGGGCUCAGCUCUUAAAUGAAUGACCCACAAUGGAUGAUCCUUACAUCAGUCUCUAAAUUAAGUAAAUAUAGAAAUCUCCUAGAAGAAGUAAUUAUGAAACUCUACCACAGAGAGCUAAAGUAUACUCUGGAACAGAGUUUGAAAGGAGUAUUUUUUUAAAGUGGAAAAUAACAAGUACCUGCAGAUCUAAUAGGAAGAAGUGAUAAUUCUGUAUCUGGGGCUGUGUAUUAAAAACUUAUUUUCCUAACCAGAGAACUUAAUAUGAUUCAGAAUCAGCAUUUAGAAGAUCUCUUAAGGAGGGUGUAUCUUCUAAGCUGUCACUUUUCCAACUUUGUGAUAAAUUAGAACUACUCAGGCGUGGAAAAAGACCAUUUGUUAUUAUUGUUGUUCUUCAGAUGGAGGUUUCUCUGACACAGGGAGGGGAGCUGAAGGAAGGGGCCAUUAUCCAGAGAGUUCCUGAUCACUGUAGGGUUUUGGAGAAAAAAAUAUCCAAAGCUCAGCAAUAUCCAGGGAGCAAGUUAUGUGGAACACAGAAAAAAUUGUCAUGACAUUUCACUGUGUCUCUAGGCAAAAAUUCAAACAAUAUGUAGAAAAUGAUCACACAAAUGAGAUCAACUAAUAACUACUUUUUGGCCUGAUUUUAUAUCAGGACUUCCUAUUUUGUGUAAUAAUUCAUUCCUGAGAUGCCAGAAUUUGUUUAUGGUCCAUCUAGAAAUUCCAGAAAUUUUGAAACUCCUAAAUAGUUGUUGCAAAUAAUAAUUAAAAUUUAUUUCACAGAUUUUUAUACCACAACAAGCAUUUAUGCAGCUUUCCAGUGUAGUAUUGAGCAAAUUGUAACUAAUGGAGAACUCCUGUUUUUAAUAUUUUAAUUAAGUGGGUUAUGCAGCUCAGUACUAAAGGGAACUCAUACAUGUUUACAGAAAGUAGCCAGACUUGUACACCUGUGAACUUAAGUGCAAAUAACCUAAUGAAAGGCAAAGAUAAACAUAUGUUCAAUAUUUUCUGAGGUUAUGUCUAGCACCAAAAGUCCUGAAUUGUCUAACAAAAUUGUCAAACAAAACAUUCUUAUCUCCGAAAUGCUUUUAACGUUUUAAAUGAUGUUCCAAGGCCACACUGCCGUUGAGGCUCUUUUGAAUAUUUAAAAAGAAAAGAUGUCUUAAUAUAACAGCUUACCUGCCGCAUUAGAGGAAAACGUAAUUUAAGAGUUAGGAAGUAUCAAGAAGCUGUAAAUUUAACAAACAUAGAAAGUGGCAGACACAGGGAAGACAUAGUGCCAGGAAGGAGACUUUCCAUCUUUCAGAGAAGUAGGUAAUAAUACUGUCAGGUGAUAUAGGGAACCUGAUGGAUGACCAGUCUAGCCCAACAGUACAAAUCAUGAGUUUCCUUUCAAAUUAGGUUGUAGGGGAAGUAUUCAUCCUAAUUUGUUCAACUUGUAUUUCACAGUACAAAGAAUAAAAUAGUUAUUCUUCCUUUCAUGAAGACCCACUCUGAUAUAUUGCAUUUGAGUGAAUGCUCAAGACCAACUUACAAUCCCUGUGAGCUUAAAUUUAAUUGAUCAUGACAAUAGACAUUAAAUUGUGUAAUUCCACUGAGUUAUAAUACUGCAGAGGGCUUAACAAAUUAUUGAUAUGGCAGAAUAUGUUCAUUUACUGCAGAAAAUGAAGCAUCUCUCCAUAGUUACAGUAUUUUUUACUGUAUUCCCCUUGAAACCAGUUUGAUAUUUCUGAAUUGGGCGCUUAAAAUGAACAAUAUAAUAAAUGUAAGUAUUAAAUAUCUAACUGGUGAGUUAGAGCCAUUUUCUAUUUAAUGUUUUAUGAUAUAUUUGUGUUACAUUGUCAGGGUAUGCCUGUGAUGUCAGCUUACUGUGCCAGCUCUGCCUCUGUUGGAUCAGAGCCACAGUAGGAUGGCACUUGGAGAACUAACUCCUUUUAUGUGGCCGUAGGAGAGCUAAUUCCUGUUCUGUGGUUUCUAUCUGGCUCAGAUAAAGCUCAAAUCUGCCUGCAAUAUACCGGAGUGACAUACCUUACACCAUCUUCUUCAUGCUGUAGACCUAGCUCUUGUGGGACAGUCAUUACACCUUAUUAAAAGAACUUGUUAAAAAUUGGAAACCACAUCCUUGCAACAGGAGGAAUGAUGAGGAAAACAGCAAUAUGGAAAUCCAACACCUCCAAAGCAGUGUUCUGCAGUCACGUGUAAUACACCAGACCAAUGAUCCUUAUAAAUAGUAAAUAUGGUCUCAACAAACCUGUAACUGUGUUCAUGGAAAAGCUGCUUUCCUACCUGUAUGCAAUCUGCCUCUUGCUUUCUUACCUUAACUCAAAAGUAGCUUUUUUGUCCUGUGUGACAGAGCUACCGCAGUUUGCACAUUCAUCUUGCAGCACAAUGCGCUCCUGCUUGUGAUAGCCUUCAAGUUCUGGGUGUGACUGACAGCAAAAACUUCAGCAUCAGUUUCUCAUCAGCCAAAACCAAUCUUCUUCAAAAAUGGCCUUUAAAUUUGCUGGCUUGUUCUGUGAAACAAUCUGGCUGGCUGGCAGUGCAGGUGUUUAAGUGUAAGGACUUCCUGUGGUUUAAGAUUUGACAGACUCCAGUUGGUGCCCCUAGUUAUUUGAGGGUGAUGUGGCAACACUGAGUGGUUGCUGAUGAACAGGUUUGCAGUGAUCAUGCCUCUGUUUUCUGUUUUUGUUUUUUGUUUUUAUCUUUUCCUCAGGGGAAAUCGCUCACAUCAAAGAGGUUAACCAGUCUAGUGCAGUCCUACUAAAAGGAUCACCUUGUAGCAUGGAAGCAGACUCAAAUCAUUAUACAUACUUUGUAGCUCACUGAUUGCCUGACUCAGAGGACAGUAGAACAAGAUGUUGCAUGAGCAAGGACCUGACUUGUUUUCUUUUGUGUAUACUAAGGCAUUACAGACUCCGAGGGACUCUCUAGCCUUUCGAUGCCUCCAUUUCGAAAACUGUCUGCUCACUUCCUCCUUCAUAUCAAGCUGGAUCUGUGUCUUUUUAUUUUCUGCAAGCUCAAGUACAGUGAAAAAAAAGCUUCUGCUAGGCACAGUUUAUUAAAAAAAAUACGUCAAUCAAAAACUGGAAGAAAUGUAAAAAAUGCAUAUAUUAAUAAAUAUACAUAUGGCAUCACAUUUAUUGCACAAUAAAUUAGCACAGAAGGUUUCAUUUCACUGAUGUAUUCACAUUGAGAAAGAAAGCCUGUGUCUUUGUCUGUUGUCUGUAUUUUCUCUGUUAAUGUUUCUUGCAUUUAUUUUUAUACCAUAUUUAAAAAAAGAACACCUUUUACUCCAGAUGUAUUAAAGUUGAUCCUUUCUCUGUAAAUUUGUGUAUGUUUAUAUUGUUGUUUUAUCUUUCAUUAAAAGAUGCAGAAUCUCUUUCC